AUGCAGCGGCUCAGGCACGGGCGACUGGCGAGGACUCCGGUGCGAGUAGCCCCAGGUGAAGGCGGCCUUUCUCCCUUGCUCCUCCUCUCCUUCACUCGCCGGCGCCGGGGUCAACCGUCAGUCUAUGCUUGUCGGCCACCUUUCCUGGGGUCGAUCCGGGGCCUCCACGACCAGAUCCAGGACCUCCGUGGCUGGAUCCGUUCGUUCCCCCACCGGAUCUGGCCUGGUGGCGUCCUCUCGCACCGUCUGGCAUCGAGGGAUGUGGCGUCCUCUCGCACUCUUUUGUCAACUGCAUAUGAUGUGUUUGAUACAAUGCCCAUAACAGCAAGACAGGUUAGGAAACUAGCGGCAUACCUCAUCAGUUAUUGGUACAAGAAAGGGCACAAACCCAUUAAGCAUCCUUUGCUCCCAGAUGCAAGAAGCUUUGUGAAAUUUGACCCAGCUAGAGUUAAAGAUGUUCAGAAGGUGCCUCAUUUCAUAGUUUAUGAAGAUCCAGACAGGAUAGAUGGGGAAUCCUGGACAAUUCAAUGUGAGGUUUUGCAGCAUAAACCCCAAGGGGAAGGUCCUCCGGAUGAAGAUGCAAUCCCUGAUCUUAAUCUAGAACUUGGCCCACCCUUUGAUUUCUUUGGCUUAGGACAGCCUGUUAAUGGGCCAAAUCAUCAACAUGAGCAGAAUCAGUGGCAACAGCAGAAUGCCUGGGACCCAUGGCCUGAAGAAGUGCAGGCCCAAGACAAGGAAAUGUAG